AUGGCAAGACGCCGGCACCGUCACAGUCGCAAAGGCCCCCGAUAUCUCCGGCCGCUCUUCAAGUUUCCCCCAGCCAGCGCGAUCAACUUCGAAUCGGUCGGCGGGGUCCGAAUUUCCGUCGACCCGGACGCCCGUCUUCAAGUCGCACCAUGUCUGCACCGCGCAACACCAGUAAAAGUCCUGUCCUCGCCAUUCCUUUCUUCCUCUCUCUCAUUACCUGCUUUGGACCCCGCGCACGAGAACGCCUGCCCAGACUUUAUUCAAAUUACCGCUGCGAGGGAUGUGGAGAGGGCGAGCGUGAACCGGGAUCUUGACCCAGUAUCCCCGACUCACGGCACUCCGGGCGCAACACGGGCGGGGGGAGAACGGGUCUGCCCAGAAACACAGCCACCCCGAGUGAGACGCCUAGAUACUGGGCGAGAAGUGCAGAAGCCUGAUUUGGAGACUCAUCGAAAUGUGUCGAAAGAUAUCGUGAGCCCCUCAGAUAGGCCGGUGAUUUUCUGGGCAUGGGAAGACAAGACCGCGAAUAGCCCGGCCUAUCCAUCUACAACCACGCCUUCCCGCGUAUCAUGCCAGUGCAUGUUUGCGGGAUACUCGGAUCAGGGUCUUUGCCAAAAUCCUUCCAGCAUACUUCAUCGCCUUUCUCCAUUCGGUGUCGCCAGAGACACCAGUCAGCUGAUGGUAUUGGAUGGCGGACAUCUUGGCCGCCCCGAGGUGGACAUGCGAUGUGGGCUGCGAGUAGGAAGAGUUGAAGAUCUGGUAAGGAUAUCUAAGGCCAACCCCUCGGUUGCUUCGUUUCUGCGUUUCGUCCCAGCCUCUCUACAACUCGGUCUCUUUGCCCAGGAGUCCAGACUUCAGACUCCUUUGCUCUCCAUUUGGGAAACAGAGACAAGGUUGAGAGGUGUUCCGCCGCUUACCAAGGAUACCAAGCCCAAUAUCCCACGCCAGUUUUACGUCACAAACCAGGGCUAUCUUUCUCGACCCCCAGGAAUAAUUGCACUCCAACAGGCGUCUGAUUCGGUGCAGUUUGCAGCCAAGGAUCUUGGCCCACGAAGAACGAUAUGGCGAGGAUUUCAGGCCGGGACGAACAGAGGAAGUGAAGGUUAA